AUGGUUAAUUCCCUGAGAUUAGUAAGAUGUGUCAGCCCAUAUGGAAGUGUCAAUCCACUGCUCAUAUCAUAUGAGUUCAAACAAUCUUGGUUUGACACGUAUGAGGUGGACUACGGCGGCAAAGUUAUGAUCGGGGACAGCUCGGUCUGUAGAGUCGAAGGAACGGGUACAAUCAAGGUGAAGAUGCAUGAUAGCGUGGUUAGGUACAUACCAAAGUUGAAGAAGAAUCUCAUCUCCCUUAGUACUUUUGACAAGAAUGACUAUUCCUACAAGGCCAUGGGAGGGAAACUCAUAAUCUCAAAGGGUUGA